AUGAGCCGGUUUGUCCGAGUCAGGACCUCCGACCUGAUUCCUGCUGAAUGGAUGUCGUUCCAUGAGGAGUGGAACAUGAAACCUACUCCCUUGUUUCCUGGUGGGGUCCCGGACCUUGAAGGCUGGGUCCGAAAACUAGCUUCCACUUCCUCUUAUUCGGAGCGUCUUGGAGACGUCGUUGCUAUGCGGCCGGCCCCGGCUGGUGAAGAAGAGACCGCGAAGCCUUCUAAAGAAAAGAAAAGAAAAAGGGAGUCACCUGCAAAUCCCUCGAUGCCUAAGAUAAGUGCAGCUCGAAAGUCCAAGGCCGAUACGGUGGCUUUAUCUCCGGAAAUGGCCCAACGCCUUCGGGAUCAGGAGGAAGAAGAAGAUGACAACUGCCUGUUGGUAGAUCGUAAAAGAGGAAACGUCGGUGCUUUGAAGUCCGUCGAGCCGGUGAUGGUUGAUGUGGUUCAUUCCAAAGCUGGAGAAAUCUCCGAAGGGGGUUCAAACAAAGUCCCCGAGCCAUCGGGUAGAAAAAAGGUUGUGGUGCUCCAUAAAAGGGCAUUUUCCAAGUCUCGAUCUGAUCUUGCUCGAUGCGAGGCUGAGUUUAAGAAGAUCAAGGAAGAGAUGGACAGUCUUAAAACCCUCUAUGUCAAGAAGGAGGAGGAAAUCAGCGAUCUUCGAGCCGAAUUGGCAAAGGCUUUUUCAGCGAAAGGGCGAACUGGUGGAGCAGCUUCGAGAGGAGCUCAAGAUGAAGGAGGCCGAAACCCUGGGCUGGAGGCAAGGCAUGGACAAUCUUGUUUCAGAGAAAGAAAACCUUCGGGAGCAGCUGGCUUCACUCGAACGGAAACCCUCGAGGAAGUACAUGCUCGCGGCUUCGAUCUCUCAGCCGAUAUAGAAAAGGCGAAGGCCUUGGAAGAAGAGGUUGCUGCUUUGCUUUCCGAUGAGCACGAUUCAGCCAGUGGCUCCGAGAGUGGAGGAGACGAAGAUGGAGUCCCCGAGGGUGAGGACCCCGAAGAUACUGCUCCUGAAGAUGCAGCUGCCGAGGAUAUGGCCCCAAAGUAG